AAAAAAAGUCUCAAUCAGAACAACUCCAAAGCAAAUACAACUUUCCUAGUUCAUAAAUAUUCCUUAGAGAGAAAGAAAAGAGAGGGAGAGAGAUCAUUAGCUAGCAAUGGAUGAAGAGCAUGAACACAUACAGACACCUCUCUUAACUCCAAGAGAGCAUCAUGAAGGAGACUUAGAGGAAAUUAGGAGCUUCAGGCAACUUGCAAGGCAGACGUUGAAGGAGAAUAAGAAACUAUGGUACCUCGCCGGACCGGCAAUCUUCACCUCACUGGCUCAGUACUCUCUCGGUGCCGUAACUCAAGUGUUCGCCGGCCAUCUCACCACCUUAGAGCUCGAUGCGGUGUCCACUGAGAACAUGGUCAUUGCUGGCCUUGCUUUCGGUGUUAUGCUGGGCAUGGGAAGUGCACUGGAAACGCUAUGCGGGCAAGCGUAUGGAGCAAAGCAGCUACACAUGCUGGGAGUUUACAUGCAACGUUCAUGGGUCAUCCUCAUCAUAACCUCCCUUUUCUUGUUACCCAUCUACCUUUUUGCAACUCCAGUACUCCAUUUCUUUGGCCAAGACAAUGAGAUCUCAGCUCUGGCUGGCAAAUUCUCACUCUACAUGAUCCCACAACUCUUUGCAUACGCUCUCAACUUUCCCAUCCAGAAGUUCUUGCAAGCUCAGAGCAAAGUCAUGGUCAUGGCCUUUGUGUCUGCUCUUGCUCUGCUGUUUCACGUCUUUCUCAGUUGGCUCUUGCUUGUGGCUUUCAACCUUGGUUUGGUGGGGGCUGCUGUUUCUUUGAACUUAGCUUGGAUGAUUGUGGUGCUUGGCCAGUUUGUGUACAUUGCCAUGGGCUAUUGCCCUGGUGCUUGGAAUGGUUUCAGUUUGGGAGCUUUCAGGGACCUUGGAGCCUUUGCCAGGCUCUCCAUCGCCUCUGGGAUCAUGAUGUGCCUUGAAAUGUGGUUCUAUACAAUCCUUAUCACGCUAGUAGGCCAGUUGCCAAAUCCAAAGAUAGCUGUAGCUGCCAUGUCAACCUGUAUUAACUUGUUGGGGUGGCAGCUGAUGGUGUUCUUUGGUUUCAACGCUGCAAUCAGUGUAAGAAUAUCUAAUGAACUUGGAGCUGGAAGGCCAAGGGCAGCCAAGUUUUCCAUAAUCGUGGUUAUUCUCUCUUCAGUAGUGAUAGGCCUCAUGUUCUUCAUCACAGUAUUGGUUCUGAGAGAUGUGUAUGGAAUUCCAUUCACUAAUAACCCAGAAGUUGUGCAUGCUGUCUCUGAUCUUGCCCUUGUCUUUGCCCUCAGUCUCCUUCUCAACAGUGUCCAACCAGUGUUAACAGGAGUCGCAGUGGGAGCAGGAUGGCAAUGGUUGGUGGCUUAUAUUAACAUUGGAUGCUAUUAUGUUUUUGGCAUUCCAUUAGGGUUUCUCUUGGCCGUUUACUUUAAUUUGGGUGUUAAGGGCAUGUGGAGUGGUAUGCUGGCUGGGGUUUCCUUGCAAACAUUGAUUCUUCUUGGUAUUACAGUGAGAACUAACUGGAACAAAGAGGCAUUAUCAGCUGAGUCUAGAAUAAGAAAAUGGGGAGGAUCUGUGGAUGAACCAAGAACAAUAUUCAAGGAUAUUAAUUUCUUGAAGAGUAAAGAAAUUGGAGUUUGAUUGCAAAGAUCGUGAUCAAUAUAAAUAGAGUGUUGUUUUUGUGAGUGGUUUGAAAAUUUUACCAAUUUGAGAGUUUGCUGAAAUUAAUAAAUGAUAUUGCAGGCUUUUCAUUGGAUUUUGAGUUAAAGAGGAAAAAUUAAUAUUGAAGAAAGUUGUAUUAUUGAUUCGUAUAUGAUUGAUCUUCAUGGUUAGUCACUUUUUAUUUA